AUGCUCACCAUCAACAAUGUUGAUGUAUGGGCUGAACUUGUAAUGAAUAUGUAUGAUGCUGCUGACAACAAACGAUUCCUGGUAAAAGAUUUCCACACUGCAAACCGCUCCACUUUUGCAAGAGGAUAUCUAGCUACAAUUGACCAAAAUAAUGUAUACUAUCUGGACUCGACAACAAAAGAUGUUAAAGUUGAAGACUUGGACACUAUUGACCUCACAGCUUUCGGAGCGAUUUAUGUUUCUUGUGAACCUACAUCUGCUUCUGGCUUGAGCAAUUAUUGCUAUGAUCUUUUGUAUAAAGAUCAUUGUUUUAAAAGCCUUGUUUUAGAUAGUGCACACGUAGCUAAUUCUGGUUUGUAUUACAAAGUGAGAAUUGCUCCUAUAAUUCUUUUUACAGAUGACACCUCUGGUAACCAGUCAAAGCAGUUCAACCCAUAUGAAAGUUGGUCCAUGAAGUUAGCUGGACUGUCUUAUGAAGAACGCUUGCUUAUUGCAAAUAUACUAUUUCUGUUGGCCAUCCCAAAGAAGAAUGUUGUUAGUGGUAUGUCUUUUCUGCCGGCACUCAUCAGAUAUCUCAAGAAACUCAAGAAUGACAUCGUUGUGUACUCUGCCAAGGACAACACAUACAUUCUGCUCAUGGCUUCCUUACUCUGGAUCGAAGCUGACACCCCCUGUCACUCUGAGCUCUGUGAUAUACUUGGUCCUGCAAUGUUGUAUCCCUGCUGCAAACAUUAUAUCUUGAUCCAAAGAACUGUUCCAUUGAAAGAGAUGGAAUGUUAUCUUAAAAGAUAUAACAAAAGAACGAAGGAACACUAUGUUUUAGCUAAUUCUACUAACAACAGAACCAUGAUAAUGCCUGAUGUUUUGAACACUGGAAAGCCUGUGAAUGCAAGAGCUCUCAGUUUCAUUGACCAUUCCACAUGA